CAAGAGUGAGACAGAGAGGAGAAAACAGCUGGAGGAAGAAAAAGGGGAUACAUUUGUGGAUGACAAAAGGAUGGGUUUCCAUUUAAUUAAGCGGCUGAGAGGCAUGAGUGUGGUGUUAGUGCUACUGCCUACGGUCCUGUUUCUUAUGCUCGCAGGGGCUCAGCGAGCUUGCCCCAAGAACUGCAGAUGUGAUGGCAAAAUUGUGUACUGUGAAUCACAUGCAUUCAGAGAUAUCCCUCAGAAUAUUUCUGGAGGGUCUCAAGGCUUAUCGCUACGGUACAACAGCAUCCAGAAGCUUAAAUCAAAUCAGUUUGCAGGCCUGAAUCAGCUCGUAUGGCUUUAUCUUGACCAUAAUUACAUCAGCUCCGUAGACGAGGAUGCGUUUCAGGGGAUCCGUCGGCUGAAGGAAUUAAUUCUGAGCUCCAACAAAAUUACCCAUCUGCACAACAAAACAUUUCACCCGGUCCCCAAUCUCCGCAAUCUGGACCUUUCUUACAACAAGUUGCAGGUGUUGCAAUCUGAGCAAUUUAAGGGCCUUCGCAAACUCUUGAUCUUGCACUUGCGGUCGAACUCAUUGAAAACGGUGCCAAUCAGAGUUUUUCAAGAUUGCCGAAAUCUCGAUUUUCUGGAUUUGGGCUACAACCGUCUGCGGAGUUUAUCCCGUAAUGCUUUCGCUGGCCUCUUGAAGCUAACAGAGCUCCACUUGGAGCACAAUCAGUUUUCGAAGAUCAACUUUGCCCACUUUCCACGCCUCUUCAACCUCCGCUCUAUUUAUUUGCAAUGGAAUAGGAUCCGGUCUAUUAACCAAGGGCUAACAUGGACUUGGAGUUCCUUGCACAACUUGGAUUUAUCGGGGAAUGACAUCACUGGGAUAGAACCUGGGACCUUCAAAUGCCUGCCCAACCUGCAAAAGCUGAACUUGGAUUCCAACAAACUCACCAACGUCUCUCAGGAGACUGUCAAUGCGUGGAUCUCGCUAAUAUCCAUCACUCUGUCCGGAAAUAUGUGGGAAUGUACUCGAAGCAUUUGCCCUCUUGUUACUUGGCUUAAGAAUUUCAAGGGAAAUAAAGAAAGCACUAUGAUAUGCGCGGGUCCUAAGCAAAUCCAGGGCGAAAAGGUGAGCGAUGCUGUGGAAACAUAUAAUAUCUGUGCCGAAAUCCAGGUUGUGGUCACUGAAAGAUCAUACCAGCCACCUAAAACACCCCAGAGACCUCUCUUUAUCCCCAAACCUACCAUUUCCAAACUGGAAAACAAUCAAAUGACCUCUGUGAUGCCCACUCCUUCUCCAGACUUACCAACACCUGGAACAGAACCAGAGUAUGAGCAUGUUUCCUUUCAUAAAAUCAUUGCUGGGAGUGUCGCCCUCUUUCUUUCAGUGGCUAUGAUUUUGUUGGUUAUCUACGUGUCUUGGAAGCGGUACCCAGCCAGCAUGAAACAACUGCAGCAACACUCUCUCAUGAAGAGGCGCAGGAAAAAGGCCAGAGAGUCCGAAAGGCAAAUGAACUCCCCUUUACAGGAGUAUUACGUGGACUACAAGCCGACAAACUCUGAGACCAUGGAUGUAUCAGUUAAUGGAUCUGGGCCCUGCACAUAUACCAUCUCUGGCUCCAGGGAAUGUGAGGUCCCUCACCCCAUGAAGACCUUGCCCUAUUACAGCUAUGACCAACCAGUGAUCGGAUACUGCCAGGCCCACAAGCCUCUCCAUGUAAAUAAGGCGUACGACACCAUCUCCCGGGCGGAGCAGGUUGAGACCACCAACCUGGAACUCAGUCGAGACCACAGCUUCAUAGCAACAAUUGCGCGCUCAGCCGCUCCAGCCAUUUACAUUGAGAGAAUACCAAACUAAUCAUGGAGACCGCUUCUUCGGGAAUGGGUGGGAGUAGGGAAUUCUUUUGAGGAACUUUCAUCUCAGAAGAGAACAGGACAAGAAAAACAAAAAUCUACCAUUCCAGUUGCAAAUGUUCCAACACAAACAAAAGGAAAAGGGAUAAAGAAAAGUGUGGAAAUUCUGUCUUGCAAUUCAGCGCUGAGAACUUGAAGAUUUUCUUUUGCUUUAAAACUUUAAAACAAACUCCUUGGUGUAAAUAUUAAAGAGAGAUUGUCAAGUUCUUAUUAAAAAUAGAUUCACUCUAGCUACAUAAAGGGAUGGAUUAAGAGUUCUGUUUGUAUAUUUGAUUUUUCUACAUUGCACGGUUCUUGAGAAGGAGAACCACAGGUAAAAAUGAGGUGGGAGGUUCCAAGGUUGGUCAGUCAUAGUUUCUUUAUUAAGUGUUUAUUACUCUUAAAGCUUUGUUUAAAUUGAUUUUUCUUUCCUUUUUUAAAUCAAAGAACAAAAUAAUGGCUAUUUUAUUUUACUUUUGGGGGGAGGGGUCAAGUGCUAAUAUUUUGAACUUCAAACAUGGGCAUUACAGCUUGUGUUGAACCAAAAGGACGUUGGCAAUUGAUGCAGCAGAACAAAGAAAGAAAGAAAGAAACAAAAACCUUGGGUGCAUGUACAUUUUAAGACACAUGCUGUGCACUAUGGAGGGUGCUUUGGAUUUUUUUACUAUCUUCAUCGUGCUUCAUUGUCGACACUAUAAUUACCAUUUGGGCUCUAAAAAUGGGGAAACAUGAUGGAAUAUCAGUUCACACAUUUACAAUCCAGAGAUGGCAUGGGAAAAAAUAAUGGACUUUUGGGUACCCAAAUGGAUGCAAUGUGCCCAAAAUGGAUUGGACGGUCAAAGGCAUAAAGCAGGAGCAUUUCAAUGAAACUCAAUGGCUGACACAAUUUCUAAAACACAGGAGAAUGUGUAGCAUUGGUUUUGUUUUGUUUUUUUAAUUAAUUAUUAUGAUGAGUUAGCUUUUGUGUAGAUUUUAUCAA